AUGAGCAUAUUAUCAACGAAAAACAAAGACGAUUGUAUUUUUUGCCGAGUUACUGGAACAGUGUUAUUUGGGGGUGUAUCAUUUUAUUCAUUUUUAAAAUUUUUACAAGCAAAAAAAAAAACAGGUGAUAAAUAUUUUUUUGGAUUUAUGUUUGCAUGUUUUGGAAUUUUAUCAAUAUAUAGAGCAAGCACACCAGCAAAAAGUAUUAUACAAAAAACAAAAAAGGAAGAAAUUUAA